GUGACGCCGCCGGUGGCUCCGCCCCGCCGACUGUCGCCGCGAUCGGCCCCGCUUCCCCUUCGUCGGCGCAAUCAGCAUCGCUGCCUCGUCGUCGACCUUCGACCCUGGUUUCCUGUUGUGCUUCUGCUCGGGUUGCGGCUGCACGUUGGCGUUAAGUGUUUCGUGGGAUCUUCCUGCUGGUAAAUUUCACAAUGGCUCGAAAUGCAGAGAAGGCAAUGACGGCCUUGGCAAGAUUUCGCCAAGCCCAGCUGGAAGAUGGAAAAGUUAAGGAAAGGAGACCAUUCCUUGCAUCAGAGUGCAGUGAUUUGCAUAAGGCAGAGAAAUGGAGGAGACAGAUUAUAAGUGAAAUCUCCAAAAAAGUGGCACAGAUCCAAAAUGCUGGAUUGGGAGAAUUUCGGAUACGAGAUCUGAAUGAUGAAAUCAAUAAGUUGCUACGAGAGAAAGGCCACUGGGAAGUCAGAAUAAAAGAGUUAGGAGGUCCUGAUUAUGGAAAAAUUGGACCGAAAAUGUUGGAUCAUGAGGGGAAAGAAGUUCCAGGCAACAGAGGAUACAAAUAUUUUGGAGCAGCUAAAGAUUUGCCGGGAGUCAGAGAACUAUUUGAAAAAGAGCCACCUGCCCCACCACGGAAAACUCGUGCAGAGCUUAUGAAAGACAUUGAUGCAGACUAUUAUGGUUACAGAGAUGAAGAUGAUGGUGUCCUUUUACCUUUGGAACAAGAACUUGAGAAAAAAGUCAUAGCAGAAGCUGUGCAAAAAUGGAAGGUAGAUAAAGAGGCCCGACUUGCAAGUGAAGGAUUUAAAGAGGAGGAAGAGGAAGAAGUAAAUAUCUAUGCAGUGAAAGAUGAUGAGUCUGAUGAAGACAGUGGAGAACAGAUGGAAGGAGAGGAAGACCAGCAAAAAUUCAUAGCUCACGUUCCUGUACCAUCACAGAAGGAGAUUGAGGAGGCACUUGUACGACGGAAGAAAAUGGAGCUGUUACAGAAAUAUGCUAGUGAAGCUUUAAUGGCUCAAAGUGAAGAUGCUAAAAGACUUCUGGGACUGUAACAAAUUACUUAUUCACAAAGACUUGUUUUAUAAAAUGCCACAAUGUAAAUUUCACAGAAGAAAGAUUGCAGACUACUUUUGACCCUCUUUGUUACAAUACUAAACUUCUGCACAGUGAUCAAAAUAACAUGAUUGUUAACGUCUGAUUCGUUGGUUCUAAGAGAGUCUAGACAACUCUUCCUGUAUAUAACAGACCUUUAUUUCUGAAUGUGAAUUGGCAACUUUUCAUUUCUAAUUUUUAUAGAUUGUUUAAUUAAAAAUAUAUUCUUUCAUACAACAUUGUAGGUCUGAAUUUUGUUUGUUUUCUUUAUGCUCACAAUGUUCAUUCGGUUUUGUUUUGUAUAGUAUCUAUACAUAUUGUAUUUAAGGUAUUGAACAAAAUUUUGUUUUUAAAUGGGGUAGUGUACCUUAAAGCCAAUAAAGUAUUGUUUUUAAACUUUCAAGGAGAAACUUGGGGUUAAAAAUUGUUUAGCUCCAGAUCUGCUGUAAGUUUGGAUAAAUAUAAUUUUGACCGUUGUUUGUAGGGAAUUGUACUUUCCCUUGCUCCUAUAUUUUUUGAGUUUCUGUUCCUAUCCUCAAAUUUACUGUUAUUGAUAAUGUAUAAAUAAUAGUCAAAAACCUGGCCAAAACUAGAACAACACAGAUAAGAAAUACCCAAUCAAUUUUGAAUCCUUUUUUAACAAUUAAUUGUAUAACGAUAGAGAAACUGAAUGGUCUUCAAGAUUUUAAACUAUUUCUCUUAUGGGUAACUGUUCAUAUCAAAUCAACAUAAUGUAAAUAAAGAUUUAUAAAUUAGAGUUAUUAUUUUCAACAAGAUUGCUCUAUUUAUGGCAGGAACACGUUCAUUUUUUUUAAUCGAUUGUUUUAUUAACUAUUAAAUCUCAAUUUUUACAGCUGUUAAAACCAAAUUGCUAGGCCAUUUAUUAUUUUUGCUUAUUCUAUAUUUUGGCACGUUUUUGACUAUUAUUUGCGUCUAAUUAACAACAGUUGCAGAUCUAUAGUCUGUUUCAAUCAGAAUAUUCUUGCAAAAACUUCAGUAACUAAGUAUGUAGUCCUUUUGCAUCUGGAUUCUUCAUUAUCAAAAUUGAAUUGCUUGCAAUUAUUUCUCUUUUGUACUGUUUUGAUGAGAAUUGAACUCCCUUUUGUAAUUGUUGCCUUCUAAACCCUUGAAUGAACUAACUGUAGACUGAGGAAGAAAGGAAGAUUUUACAUUUAG